UUUGAUUUAACUCUAUCGCUCUCUUUUGUAUUGUAACACAUUCAUUGUUCUUCUUCCUCUGCGCCAUUCAUAUCGCUCUUUAACAUAAAACUCUGUCCAAAACCACCGCUUCACUCUUUCAUUAUCCAAUUUUCCCAAUCUUAUCCAAAUUCUUCUAUCACCUCAAUCCCAUUUUCAUAACAAUCUUUCUAUCUAUAUAUAUUCUCUUUCACUUUUCUAUUUUUUCGUAGCAAUUUCGUGUCUAGUUUCUUACAACACACUGAAAUUUCUAAAAAGACUGUGACUUUUUCAAAGGGUUGAUCAGAAAUGGUGUCAGCUAACGACCCAGUUGAGUCUUUUUUCAAUUCCAUUCAAGUUAUGAAGGAAUCGCUUUCACCACUUGAAGUCGGUUUUCGUAAGGCGGCGAAGGAUUUUGAGCAUUGUUUUUCAGGUGCAAAGAAUAAUCGCAUUAAUGGUGUUUGUUUAAUUGCUCAAGUGAAAGAUGGUGGUGAAUUUCAGAUCUGUGAUGUUAAGAAGAAAAAAGGGUUAUCAAUGAAGGUUCCUUUGAAGUCCUUUUUGGGUAUGUUUUCACAGAAUUCAGGAAAUGGUAAUAAAACUCAAGUUGUUAAAGAAAAUGAAUCUUCUUGCAGUAAUUGUUUGAAAUUUUCUGUGACUUGGUCUUUGUUGGUUAGUGGGUUUUUUCAGUCAUUGCCAAUUCCUUUUAAAUCUGGGAAAAAGAGGUUUCAGAAAGUGUGUGAUGAAGAUAAUAAUAAUAAGGAUAAGUGUUCAUGCAUGAAACAAACUUUUUCAUCAUGUGAAGUGAAACAUAAUGAGUCUAAGGGUCAAUUUGUUAGGACAGUUAAGGAAAAGGUUGUGAAGAGGAAAGAUGGAAAACAACAUGUUUCACUUGAAUGUCUUAUAGGUUUUAUCUUUGAACAAUUGUCUCAUACACUUCAGAAUAUUGAUCAUGGAAUCAAUGGAAUGCAAGGGAAUAAUAAUGACAUUGAGUGCGAGAAAACUUCGUUGCAUUCAGCUCCUUUUGGUCAUGUUAAUGCAUUUACAAGUUUCUUGGAAGGGCACAAAGUGGAUGUGAAUGGUUUCUUAGGGAAUUUGAAUUUUGCAAAGGUGGGUGGUGUGCCAUCAAGUGCAGCUGGGGAAGAAAUAGCAUCGCAGAAGGAAAUCGGAGAUAGUGGUAAUGAUGAAAUUAAGGAAGAAAGUGUGGGAAUUUCGGCGCAGAAGGUUGCGUCAAACAUAUUCAGCAUUCCUUUAACAAAUGUGGAGCGUCUAAAGACUACACUUUCAACUGUUUCAUUGACUGAGUUGAUUGAAUUGCUACCGCAGCUUGGGAAAACAUCGAAAGACCAUCCUGAUAAGAAGAAGCUAUUCUCUGUACAGGAUUUCUUUAGAUACACAGAAUCUGAAGGGAGGAGAUUCUUUGAGGAGUUAGACAGAGAUGGCGAUGGCCAAGUAACUUUAGAAGAUCUAGAAAUUGCAAUGAGAAGGAGAAAGCUUCCACGAAGAUAUGCUAAAGAGUUCAUGAGCCGCACUAGAAGUCAUUUAUUCUCUAGGUCUUUUGGUUGGAAACAAUUCUUAUCAUUCAUGGAACAAAAGGAGCCAACGAUUCUUCGUGCAUACACUUCUUUGUGUUUAACCAAGUCAGGGACGUUGAAGAAAAGUGAAAUAUUGGAGUCACUAAAGAAUUCAGGACUGCCUGCAAAUGAAGACAAUGCUGUCGCAAUGAUGCGAUUUCUAAAUGCAGACACAGAAGAAUCUAUCUCAUAUGGACAUUUCCGCAAUUUCAUGCUCCUGCUUCCCUCAGACCGUCUUCAAGAGGAUCCUAGGAGUAUUUGGUUUGAAGCUGCAACUGUAGUUGCGGUUCCACCAUCCGUCGAAAUUCCUGCUGGAAGUGUUCUAAGAUCUGCAUUGGCAGGUGGCCUUUCUUGUGCCCUGUCAUGUGCAUUACUGCAUCCAGUUGAUUCAAUCAAGACUCGAGUACAAGCAUCAACUAUGUCCUUCCCUGAAAUAAUUGCUAAGCUGCCAGAGAUCGGAACACGUGGUUUAUACAGGGGUUCAAUCCCUGCAAUUCUUGGACAGUUUUCAAGCCAUGGCCUGCGAACUGGGAUAUUUGAAGCGAGUAAAUUGGUGUUGGUAAAUGUUGCUCCGAAUUUACAUGAACUCCAGGUACAAUCUAUAGCAUCAUUCUGUAGCACAUUUUUGGGAACAGCUGUGCGGAUACCCUGUGAGGUGUUGAAGCAGAGAUUGCAGGCUGGUCUUUUCGACAAUGUGGGCGAGGCUUUGGUUGGGACUUGGAGGCAAGAUGGUCUUAAGGGAUUUUUUCGUGGAACCGGAGCAACACUUUGUCGAGAGGUUCCAUUUUAUGUUGCUGGCAUGGGGCUUUAUGCUGAAUCUAAAAAGGGUGUCCAAAAGCUACUUGGACGUGAACUCGAGGCCUGGGAAACAAUUGCAGUUGGAGCCUUAUCCGGUGGCUUGGCAGCUGUUGUUACGACACCGUUUGAUGUCAUGAAAACUAGAAUGAUGACUGCGCAAGGUCGGUCUGUGUCAAUGAGCUUAGUAGCCAUCACUAUUCUUCGCCAUGAGGGACCCCUUGGCUUAUUCAAAGGAGCAGUUCCUAGAUUCUUUUGGAUUGCUCCUUUAGGUGCCAUGAACUUUGCAGGUUAUGAGUUAGCAAGGAAGGCCAUGAAUAAAAAUGAAGAGGCUAAGACUGGAAAUUUAGACUAAUGUGUCACAUAGUCAGCAAUGUCUCAUGGAAUUUUUGAGUUUCUAUCAGUGAGGCCAUUGACGCUACUCUGAAAUACACAUUUUGCUUCAUUUCAUACUUUUCUGAGUCUGCCAUUUGUAGCAGCAGGUUUUUCUUUUUAAAGAAAAUAUUCAUGUUUUACUUUGCAAACUAAAAAGGUGCAAUUUAUUUUCUUCAUCUGAUGUACAGAUUUUUGUUAAUCUUCUGUGUAUCUUUCAGCUUUCAUCAUUUUGUUUCUUGGUUCA